CAUCUGUCAAAGCCCACAUUUAAACUGCAGCCUGCCUGUGCAGCAGCUGAAGAACUACGGAAUGGAUUUUACAGACCAGAAUCCUCAGUUAAAACAGCUCAAAACCCUUUCUAUUACUGCCUAGCAACAAUGAAGGAAGGAAUAGAGGGAAAUCCUAUUACUGAAGGCAGCUGAACCACUACGCGCUAGCCCUCCCUGCUAACAUUAGCAUUAGAAAUAUGGAUACUGAGGAGAGGAGAACACAGCACCGCAUUGUCCGACAAGAGAAACACCAGAUGUAAAAGCUCCAAUAGAUCUGCCGUGAAUGCCAGACAGCCCCGAUCAGAACAGAAACGAGCACUACUGUUCUUUUGUUUGAAGGAUGAACAAAAAGCCCCAAGACAAGGACAACACUUAUCAGCAAGGAAGGUAACACAGCAACGAGCAGACAGAUGGACAGAGCGGAUACUGUGAAAAGCAAUUGCAGGCAGCAGGCUGUUGGGGGAUGUGCGCAUGUUCGAUAGCAUCUAUUUUGCUGAAGUGAUGGCGUGCCAAAACUAUUUUCUGUGGGUAUAAUCCUCGCAUCAUAAAUGGCCUGACCAAGGAAGAGUGAGCCACUUGCAAUUACUCAACAUGAACAAAAGAAAAUGAGUACCAAAGAAUAGCAGGGGAUUCAAAACCAAUUGGAAAAGCAUUUUGCUUGGCCAUUGUCUCAUAUUCCAUCACUGGAUUCUUACAACAUGCUUCAGUGGAGAAGACGGCACUGCUGCUUUGCAAAAAUGACCUGGAAUACCAAGAGGUCUCUGUUCCGCACCCAUCUUAUUGGCCUGAUCUCUCUCGUAUUUCUUUUUGCUAUGUUUCUAUUCUUCAAUCAUCACGACUGGCUGCCAAGCAGGGCCGGAUUCAGAGAAAGCCCUAUAGCUUACACUAUACGAGGAUUUAGAGCUACAAAAAGUGAGACAAACCACAGCUCUUUAAGGAACUUAUGGAAAGACACUGUACCUCACACACUCAGGCCUCAAACAGUGACCAACUCAAACAACACGGAUCUGUCACUGCAAGGAGUAACUGGUUUGGAAAACACACUCAGUGCCAAUGGAAGUAUUUACAACGAAAAAGGUACCAGGCAUCCAACUUCGUAUCAUUUCAAAUACAUCAUCAACGAGCCUGGGAAAUGCCAAGAGAAAAACCCUUUUCUAAUAUUGCUCAUAGCUGCAGAGCCAGGCCAGAUGGAAGCUAGACAAGCUAUUCGACAAACCUGGGGUAAUGAAAGCCUGACACCUGGCAUCCACAUAGUUCGUAUUUUUUUGCUGGGUUUAGGCAUCACGAUGAAUGAAUACCUCCAGCGUACCAUUCUAGAGGAAAGUAGACAGUACCAUGACAUCAUUCAACAAGAAUACUUAGACACCUACUAUAAUUUAACCAUUAAAACUCUGAUGGGCAUGAACUGGGUUGCAUCUUAUUGUCCACGUGUUCCAUACGUUAUGAAAACUGACAGUGACAUGUUCGUCAAUACUGAAUAUUUGAUACACAAGCUUCUGAAACCAGAACUUCCUCCAAGGCACAAUUAUUUCACAGGUUAUUUAAUGAGAGGUUACGCACCUAAUAGGAACAAAGAUAGUAAGUGGUUUAUGCCACCUGAUUUGUAUCCAAGUGAACGUUACCCUGUAUUCUGCUCUGGAACUGGUUAUGUUUUUUCUGGAGAUUUAGCAGAAAAAAUCUUUAAAGUCUCCUUAAGCAUCAGACGUUUACAUUUGGAGGAUGUAUAUGUGGGGAUCUGUCUUGCCAAGUUGCGAAUUGACCCUAUGCCUCCACCCAAUGAGUUUGUCUUCAAUCACUGGCGAGUUUCUUAUUCCAGCUGUAAAUAUAGCCACCUAAUUACCUCCCAUCAGUUCCAACCUAGUGAACUGAUCAAAUACUGGAACCACUUACAACAAAAUAAGCACAAUGCCUGUGCCAAUGCAGCAAAAGAAAAAGCAGGUGGAGACGACCGGGUCAUAACAAGAUUGAGAGUUCCAGACAGCAAUAUGGGCGAGAACAUAACCCAAGCAAUUUUAAAAAUUGAAGCCACAAUGCGUACCACUGAAAAUAAAUUGAGAGGUAUCAUUUGCCCGAGAAAGGAGGAGGAAGAGGAGAAAACUGCCGUUUUUCUACAACUUUUAUCAGUUUAUAACACCAAUAUACUUUUUUUUUUUAAUAAGAGAAUAAGAAAACAAGAAAACUCUGCAAGUUGCCUCACUGGAGGAUAAAGCGUACCGAAGAACAUACAAGCAAGCCUCUGAGGAAAGGUGCAUCCGAACAAGUGCAUUCACCUCAUUGUAGCCCAUUUAACCUUAUCUAAUAUUAAUUGGCAUUUCAACUGUUUAAUACGAAUAUUGGGUGAACCACUCACUCUGAUCUCCCAGAUGCUCAGUGUGGGCAUAAUGGAGGAGUCUCUUUCUCCUUACCUCAUUAGAAAGAGAAGUGGGUGAAACAUGUUUCUCAUCGUAACAUCUUAAGGAUACCAGCUUUUAUAUUGUCUUGCAAUUAAUUCAGCUGGAAAAGAUGAAGAAACUGAGAACAGCGUGAAACCCUUAAAGGUUUGAAAUUUCUCAAGAUGACCAAAAUCAGACUACAGGGGAAAUAGCCAUACUUGCUGCAAGAGAUUAAUCUCUUCAAAUAAGAGUUCUCAAUAAGUAAGUAUUCCCAGCUCUGUUAGCACUUUUUGAAGUUUUGCAUUAAAUAAAAAAAAAUAAAUCAAAAACAUCCAUGCCAUCAUAAAAACAUGCCCUCUCUCCCUCUUUGAAAAACCUUGCCCCCACCACACCUUUUCUUGUGGAAAGAUCAAGUGUUCCCAUAUCUCACUCAAAGUUAAAACCAAGAAAAACUAACUGCCACGAGAAAUCCUUUGUUAAUAAAAUGCCAAACAAGUCACCAAGGAAAACAAAAACCUUGUUGACUGCCUUUACUAAAUAUGUAACACAUCUUGCAUCCAAACAGAGGUCUAAGAAGCAUUUUGAGAAUAAGGGAUAUAUCCUAAGUUUCAUUCAGGAUUUCUAUGUCACCGUCAUCACUUCCAAAAGAAAUGUAAAAUUGGUAUAUAAAAAACCCCACAGCUACACCAUAAUUUAAGCCUCUUGUGUCAUAACAUAUAGGUUGAUGCAAGUUGAUGUAAGAAAAAUUAAACACUGGAAAACACCAUCUGUGACUCAGACAAAAAAUGCAGCAUUGCACUUAAUGCAAAUGCCAGUCUUUUUACAGGCAUUCCUCCAAGGUCCACAUAGGCAUUGAUUUUUGUAGACAUAAAAGUUCAACUCAAUUUCCACCCUUCUGAUUCAAAGAAUAAACUAUUUCCCAUUGCAUCAUCUAUGAAUAAUUUAAAGUAUUGUACUUUAUUGACUUUUUAAAGAAAUGUAGAAUAGGGUAACAUUUUUAUGUGCCAAUAAUUUAAAGAAACAAGAUUAAAAUUCAGAGAUACUCUUAUUGUUACUGAAGACUCUAAAAUAAAAAGUAAAUAUCAAAUACAUACCUACAUAGACAACUAACACAUCUGUUUCUCAAAAAAAAAAAAAUUUAUGCCCUAAGCACACCGAGGCAUACCAAAAGGGGGGAAACCCAAGAACCAACAAACCCACAAAACCCACAUUGUUCCUAUAAAAAUGUUUUUUCAGCAGAAAAGUAUUUUCAGUAGCGCCCCUAUUAAUGUAAUGAGAAAUUCUUGUCUUUCAAAUCUGAAAUUAUUUUAAAAAGGUGAUGCAGCAGAUUACCUCUAUGAUUUCACCGGUUUUGAGAUGGUUUAUCUGUUUUGAAAGUUAACCACAUUACUUAAAAAAAGCUAAUCUUUUCCCUGAAUUCUCAAAAUUGGAAAAAAAUAUAAUUAGAGGAAGAAUGACAGAUAAUCACAAAUCUUCUACUUUACCAAAAUUAUAAUUUAUCGAGAUUUAAAAGAAAUAGUUACUACCAUGUACUAUCCAGCUGUCAAUUAUCCCCUUUGUAAAAGUAGGAAAGUUCCAGCAAAAAAAAAAAGUAGAAAAGAUCCAGCAAAAGUAUAUUCAUUCUAACCAAAAUUCAGCUGAGAAACAGAGGCAGUAAACAACUUCAGAUAUCCAGCUUUAAUUAAUGCUAAUAAACCAAUGACAGCCAAUAAUUUGCCAACAUUCUGCCAAUAAUUUGGAGGUCUGAAGCCCAAGUGAAAUACAAUGCUGCUAUAUUCAUUGAAAACUGCACCAAGUCCCUCAACCAUUUUGAUUUUUUUUUCUCUUCCACCAUUUCCUCAUUUUCUACUAGUAGAAGUUAAACAGUUGGAAUGAUUUAUUGCCCAAAUUUCACGCUAGCAGAGCAGAAUGGAAAAACUAGAAUAAAGUACACAAUUACAUGUCUUCCCGACCCUUCCUCCUAUUCAUCAAAGAAUUUCUCACACAUGUAAACAUACUUUCUCUAACAACUUCUGCACACAUUUCAUAAAUUGAGCAGUACUUCCACAGUGCUUCAAAAGGUAAGACAACUUAUGACAAUCAGGCAAAUACUAAUACUUUACCUUCCAGUUCUGUCAGACAAAUAUCUAUGAAUCUUGUAUUAAAAAAUUAUAAUUGUAAAUGAUUUUACCUGGAAUAAAGAGGUUAUUUCCCCCAUUCCUUAUCACAAUAUUCUCUUCAACUUUUGAGUACUGGUAUAAUACUUGGAUUCAUAAUUUACUUGAUUUACUCAUAUAACAGAUGAAUCCUAGAGUGCCUUUCCUUUCCCACUACGACAUACAAGUGAACUGCAGAUCAGUACGUGCCAUAAUAUUCAUGCUAGGAUACAGCAAAGUGUAAAGUGCUGAAAAUAAAAUACUCACUGGUACAGUCAUUUCAGCCUUUACAACUACGAUCCAGCUUUAUGUUAACAUAAAUUGCAGAGUUGGACAGUACUUAUGCUUUGAAAAUAUGGGCUGAUUCAGCCAUGCCAUAAGGCUGAAUAGCUGGCCCUCACACCAUUUAUGAUAUCCAGAUAUACAGUGCAACAUGCUGGAUAAUUUUCUUUUUUUUCCUGGGACACAGACUAUUGGGCAAAACUAGCUUUAUCUAUUUGUAGAAUGUAUUUUACGCUGCCUUUGUCAGUUAAUUGAGGUGAGAAAUGAUCACGAUGAGAUGUGUUGCCAGAGGGGG